AUGUCUCUUCCCCACAAACUCAAACGGGAGGCAAUGGGCUGUCCAACUACCGAAAUGCCCCUUCCGCUGAUGCCGCUUGUCUUCCUCGCCCACUUCGCGCAGACCGUGACCGACGUUCUCACAACUGAGGCUCGGCGCACGACGACAAACCUUUCCAAGAACAUCGACGCCCUCCGCCUGCAGGUUCGCGGCCCAGAGCACUCCUUCGCACCCUUCCCCCGCCUGCCCCCGGAACUCCGCCUCAAGAUCUGGAACCACGCCUUGCCGCCGCGGACGCUGCUUGCCUCGCACGCGCCGAACCCGUCCUUGUUGUCGGUGAACCGCGAAGCAAGGCAUGAGGCGCUGCGGCGGUACACUCUCGUCCGGCUCAAUACUUGGGGGGACCGGCGCAUCUAUAUCGACUUUCAGAGGGAUAGCAUUGCCAUUGUCGAAGGGAAAGGUGGCGGUGGGUUCCCCGUGCGUGGGGCGCGGCAUGUCAUCGUCGUCUGCGAGGAGCCAUUCCAGAACCCUGGGUCGUAUCUGAAGUGCCGGUACCGUGCCGGUUUAGACUCUUUGACGUUGGUCAUCGGGGCAAGUCCGUCGUGCCCGACGCCGCUCCCUAUCAUCCGGGAGCUACAAACACCGGAGGAUGUGCAGCGGAGCCUGGGCUAUUCCAAAGAGGAGUCCGAGAGGAUAGGGAUGGAGAUUAGAGAUCUGGCUCAGGGGUGGGGGAAUACCCAAGUCCACGUGGGAGAGUUUGUUUGA